AUGGCUACAUCAACUUUUCAUUCUAAACCAACUGCACUCGAAGUUGUCAAAGGACUAAAUGCAAAAUUACAUGGAAAAGUCGUGAUAAUCACUGGUGCAACAUCAGGUAUCGGUAUUGAAACUGCUCGUGCUUUGGCAUCUGCAAAUGCACAUAUUAUAAUUACAGCGCGAGAUAAAAAUAAAGGUGCAAAAGCUGUUGAAGAUAUUAGAAAAACAACAGCUAAUGAUAAAGUUGAAAUGAUGGAAAUGGAUCUUACUUCAUUUGAAUCUGUCAGAAAUUUUGUUUCUCAAUUUCGAACACGUAAAUUACCAAUUAAUAUUCUUAUUUGCAAUGCAGGAAUUAUGGCAUGUCCAUAUGCAAAGACAGUGGAUGGUUUUGAAUCACAAUUUGGUGUUAAUCAUUUGGCUCAUUUUCUUCUUACUACUAGUCUUUUGCCUGAACUCAUAGCGGGAAAUCCAUCACGUGUUGUUGUGGUGAGUUCACUUGCAAAUAAACGUGGUGGUAUCAAUUGGGAUGAUAUCAAUUGGGAGAAAAAUUAUGAUAAAUGGCUUGCCUAUGCUCAGAGUAAAACGGCUAAUAUUCUUUUUGCUAAACAACUCAAUAAAUUAUAUGAAUCACAAGGUAUUCGAGCAUAUUCUUUACAACCAGGUGGAGUUUUGACCAAUUUACAACAACAUAUACCAGAAAAACAACAGCGUGCAAUGGGAUGGUAUAGGGAUGAUGGUACACUUAUUGAUAUUUUCAAAACUGUUACACAAGGUGCGGCGACUAUUGUCUAUGCUGCUUUGGCACCUGAACUUGACAAUCAUGGUGGAGCAUAUCUUGAAGAUUGUGCGAUUAGUAAAGGUGUCAAUACAAAUAAGACAGCUUGGGGCAUAGCACCACAUGCGGCGGAUAUGGAAGCAGCUGAACGUUUAUGGAAACUAAGUGAACAAAUGGUAUCAACUAGAUAA